AUGUCUACCACACCCGUUUAUAAGGGAUCUGUAUAUGAAGAGAUUACUGGAUCAUGCUGUGGCAAAUGCACAAGAAAUGCAUGUGUGUUUACGGUGGAUGAUACAACAUAUAAUUUGCAGCCUGGACAAACAUUUACACCUCCAGGAAAACCCUGCACCACAUAUGUCUGCGAUGACAACUUUGUUUUGAAGGAGAAAAACAUUGUAUGUGCACCCUUAGACCUUUCAAAGUGUCAAGAGGGUACAAUAAUUACCGACGAGGAUGGGUGUUGUCCUACUUGCCAGCUUAAAGAUGUUUGUACAAAAUUCCUAACAAAUGAGAAUAUCACAUUUGAUAACUGUGUAACUGAAACAGAAGUGGAAGUAGCGUACUGUACAGGUUACUGUGACUCCACGAGUGGAUAUUCUAUGACUCUCAUGAUGGAAAAUAAAUGUAGCUGUUGUCAACCUCGGAAGACCAGUAUGAAGGAUUGUAAACUGACAUGUCAAAAUGGCACCACUGUUAACCACUCUUAUACUUUUAUCGAAGAAUGUGGCUGUGAUGUCCUCAAAUGUGUGAAAUUUUCUUAUGAUUUGCUUUCAACUACUAUAAAGCCAUAGGCUAUAGAGGAAUUGCUGAAAGUCAACCAAGCCAUCAUAUGCACAGGCCCCCACUACUGGUUUACAUGCAUACUAAUGUUAAUGAUGAGUAGAUAAAACCCAAGACAUCUAGAAAUUAAGCUUUAUUAGGUAUUAGUGUUUAACAUAAGACAAAACA